ACGUCAACGUGUUCUCCACCGGCACCUUCAUUUUCUCAACUUUGUCAGCUCGUCCGUCCCGAAAUUUCAGCUCCGCCGAGAGUGAGGAGGCCGCCAUCACAAUCAAUGUGCUGCAGAUUGUCAAAUGAAUGCAGCUGGCACAUCCAAUAUGGCGGACGUGCUGACGUAUGAAAGCGCCUCAAUGUUGGCGGAUUGACGUGCGCGCUUUACGUGAGCUAGCAAGGCAGCAAGUCGGACGGCCGAAGCUCGCUGGACGCAGACUCGUCGAACCUUCAAUUCGGAACGACGCACGCCCAUCGGCGAACCUUGGCCGUCGGCGAAGAUGUGCGAGGAGGCGACGGUGUCGCUGGCGGACGUCGUGCAGGAGGACGAGCAGCUGCAAGAAGAAGCGUCGGCCGUGCUGGCCGGAAGCGAUUCGGAGCGCUGCUCGUAUCCGCAGGGUUACGUGAAGCGUCAGGCGUUGUACGCCUGCAACACGUGCACGCCCAAAGGAGGCCAAGCGGCCGGCGUGUGUCUGGCCUGUUCCUACAAGUGUCACGAAGGCCACCAGCUGUUUGAGCUCUACACCAAGAGGAACUUUCGCUGCGACUGCGGGAACGGGAAGUUUGCCGACGCGCCGUGCAAGCUCUUUCACGCCAAGGACGACGUCAACGGCCUGAACAAGUACAGUCACAACUUCUUCGGGGAGUACUGCACCUGCCGCCGGCCGUACCCCGACCCGGAAGACCAGGAGGACGAUGAAAUGAUUCAGUGCGUGCUGUGCGAGGAUUGGCUGCACGGCCGGCACCUGGGCUGCGACGUCCCCGACCAUGUGGAGUCGUGGGAGAUGAUCUGCGAGGCCUGCAUGAACACGCACGCCUUCCUGUGGCGCUACGCCGCUCGCCUGGCAGGUAAGCGCCGCGAGAACGUCCUCCGGGAUUUGACGGACCCGCCCGCCUCCGAUCCGGUCCCGGGCGCCGCGGUGGAGUCGGACGCGGCGAAGGAGACGACCGCCGACGAGACUGACGGCGCGACGGAGCCCAGCCGUAAGCGAGUUUGCCCGGAGGAAGCGGAAGCGAAGCCCGGCUGCGGACUGGAAGCGCUUCAGAACGCCGGCGCCGAGCGGCCCGGGUCCGGAGCGGUCUUUUGGCCUCCGGGGUGGCGCUCCCGGCUGUGCCGCUGCGACGCCUGUCAGGCCAGUCUGGCGGCGGCGGGUCUCUCCUUCCUGCCGGACGAGUCGGACACGGUCCUGGCGUACGAGAAGAAAGGCCGGAGCGAAGAGGGCGGCGCUCCGGGUCACGACCCCCUCAUGUCGGCGCUGGACAACCUGAGCCGCGUGCAGCAGCUGGAGAUCAUCCACGGGUACAACGACAUGAAGAGCGAGCUGAAGGACUUCCUGCAGGGAUUCGUCGCCGAAGGGAAGGUCGUGACCUCCGCCGACAUCCGUCAGUUCUUCGAGCGGCAGCAAAGUCGCAAAAGGAGACGAGCGGACGACCGCUUCCACUGCGCCUGACGCCCUCUGACCUUCCGACCCCCCCCCCAGGCUGCCUGGUUUUCUUUCUCAUCUGCGCUUGCUUUUUCCUUUUGAACGACCAAUAAAGAGCGUCCACCGCC